CCCAUUCGAUGGAUGACUGGAGUUUCCCUUGCGGUCUGAAGAUUAAUGGAAGGGGUCUGUUGAUCUUAGGAAUCGGCUAUCAGAUGGUCGGUCCCAGGAAUCCACUGCGCUUGACGCCUGAUUUUUAAGCGAAUGGCGAGAGAGCAAGUUGAAUAACCAGACAGCGGCAAGGACGAUAACCUAGAAAGCACUUUUGUUAUCCAGGUCUCACUUGAAAAGGCCUGCCUACACGGAGAUAUAGCACCUGGUUUGCUCAGGCCAGGAUACGACUUCGAGGGGACGCUAAAAGCUAAUGGUAGCUUGCUCGUUUAAUUGACGGAAAACAUCUCUGAACGAUCUGUUUAAUGUUCCGGAUUGGAUUUUGGAUUUACCAAAUCGUCUCUGGAAUUAAGGCAAACUCAAGUGACAUCUUUAUUUGCCGAUGCUCGCUUAAAAAUUGACGAGCUAACGCUUCAAAGCUAACAUCUUCUGACCAUCCCUGCUAGAUUUAGCUAGCGUGCUAGCCUAGCUAAGCUGCAUACUUGGAGAUAUCCUCUCGCUUGGUUUUAGUCGGGUUUGAGGACACUCUAAGGAAAUAUAGAGUAUUUAUAUUUAUUAGUCGAUAAUGAUAGCUGUUAGCUAGUGGGCAGCUGUCAGCUUCAUUGAGCCCAGCGGUGUGUUAGCGGUGUAGCAUCACUCAACGACUUGUGAAGGAAGACUUAUCCCGAGCCCAGGGACUCAACCAUCAGCCUGCCACCAUGGGCAACACGCCCACCGCGAAGAAGGGCAAUGAGAUGGAAAGCGUGAAGGAGUUUCUUGCAAAAGCCAAAGAAGAUUUCCUGAAGAAAUGGGAGAAUCCAGCACAGCAAACUGCAGCGUUGGAUCACUUUGAGCGUCUGAAGACCUUAGGCACCGGUUCGUUUGGUCGAGUCAUGCUGGUUAAACACAAAGAAUCGGGCCAGCAUUUUGCCAUGAAAAUACUUGACAAGCAGAAGGUGGUGAAGCUGAAGCAGAUAGAACACACACUAAACGAGAAACGUAUCCUGCAAGCCGUCAGCUUUCCCUUCCUGGUGCGACUGGAGCACUCUUUUAAGGACAACAGUAAUCUUUAUAUGAUAAUGGAGUAUGUGCCCGGGGGCGAAAUGUUUUCACACUUAAGGAGAAUCGGCAGAUUCAGUGAACCACACGCUCGCUUCUACGCAGCCCAGAUUGUACUGACAUUUGAAUACCUUCACUCUCUGGAUCUCAUCUAUCGGGAUCUUAAACCGGAGAACCUGCUCAUUGACCAGCAAGGUUACAUUCAGGUAACAGAUUUUGGAUUUGCGAAACGGGUGAAGGGCCGAACCUGGACGCUGUGCGGGACCCCUGAGUACCUGGCACCAGAGAUCAUCCUCAGUAAGGGUUACAAUAAAGCAGUGGACUGGUGGGCUCUGGGAGUUCUGAUCUAUGAGAUGGCUGCUGGUUACCCCCCCUUCUUCGCAGACCAGCCUAUUCAGAUUUAUGAGAAGAUUGUAUCAGGAAAGGUUCGCUUUCCCUCCCACUUCAGCUCAGACCUGAAAGAUUUGUUGAGAAAUUUGCUGCAGGUGGACCUGACCAAGCGCUUUGGCAACCUCAGGAAUGGAGUAAAUGAUAUCAAGGGCCACAAGUGGUUUGCCACCACUGACUGGAUUGCCAUCUACCAGAGGAAGGUGGAAGCUCCCUUUAUUCCUAAGUGCAAAGGCCCCGGUGACACAAGCAACUUCGACGACUACGAGGAAGAGGAAAUCAGAGUCUCCUUCACAGAGAAGUGUGCAAAGGAGUUUGCAGAGUUCUAGAUUCCAACCAUGAGUAGCGAAGAGACAGAGAGAGACAGGUAUUUAGAAAGUCUAAGGGGGUCAAAAGGAAGGAAGCGCUAGGGUGGACUGCUAACUUGCUUAUUUGUAAUGACGACAACAAUGUAAAAUCCCCCAAAAGGAAAGGUAGGCAAAGUGCAGAAAGAUCCAACAGAACCAGCAGUGUUGCCUUUUCUGAUUGUUUCUCAACUGUUACCUUUUCAUUUUAUUUACCCCCUCUUGUGUUUGUGGCAGGGGCUCGAGGAGAACAGGCAAAGGUCGUGGCUGUCCAGCUAUACUUGUAUCUUUUCUGAUUGUGUAAUGAUGACAUGUUUUCAGUCUUCGCAGGUUGAGGCAUUGAUUUUUUUUGUUAAGGUACUGAAUCUGCUAGGCUCCUUCUUUUUUUCUUUUUUUUAAACGGACCAUCUCUACAAGCUUCUCAAAGAGUGAUCGUUGUAACCUGUCAUCCUGGUUCCCCCUCUCCAUCUCUCUAUCCUGAAUCUGUCCAAGCAAUACCAAGUCCAACAGAUGUGCCUAUCAUAAUGCCAACUGGUUGGAAAUCUGUGUCGAAAGCAUUGGCGCAGAGCUUUGGCCGUUGUGGCAUCUGCCCUUGUGCCCAUUUGGUUUAAAGCUUGAACACACUCUGCGCCUGCCUUUUGUCUGCUCAAUGUGGCAUGAUUGUUGGGUAGAUGACGCACUCACUGCUUGCAGUGGAAAGUAGUGGCAACCUCUUUGAUCAGAGUGAAUAUAAUUUAUCACAGUACACUUUGUCUCGGCCUUACUCCAUGUGAGGACCUGUGAGAAACUGUCAGCCUGAGGUCUGCAUUGAAGUCUGUCUCUCUCUUAGCUGAAUUUAUUAGAGCAUUUUAAGAAUCCUAUCGGUGAUCAUUUUGUCCUUUUUAUGUCGAUCUCUGUGCUUGUGUGUUACUUAGUGCUCAAGGGUGGGUUUAAACAGCUGUGAUUCAGCAGCAACUAACAUUGUGGUCGCACUCCUGUCUAUUGUUUAUUUAAAUCAUAGUGCAUUUAAAAUAGAUUCUCUAUCUUUACUUAUAUGUGUAUCUUUGUAUAUAAAUAGAUAUAUAAAUAAUGAUAGAGAAUAUGAAUUAUCCGUCUUUUUCUCUUUUUUCAACUGUGUCUCAUAGCUGUGAAACUGAAUUUAAGAUUUCAUAAAUAAAUAAAGAAUUAUGAUAUCUGCCAAAAUUUGCAAACUGAGAGCAUUGCAACGUUUUCUGUAUGUAUCUAUGAUGGUGGUGGAUUUUAAUACGCAAAAAAAGUAGCAAAAACAACGUCUCGACAAAAUGUGCAUGUUAUUUUUGUACAAUAUCACUUCUAAAGAACGGUGGCAGAGCAUUAUGCAGAAUUCGUGCUGAGGUACAUGACAUCAUGGAUCAAAUGCUUAACUGUCGAGGUGGACUCUGGGCUGCUCUGUUUUUGAAGAUGGAACAAGACCCAGUGAGACAUGUUCGAGCGUUCUUCUGGGCUGUGGUCAAUAUUCAGUAGUAACUACGGUAACAGUUUGCUGAUAAUACUCACUGAACGUGUGCUUCUCACAUUAAUAAUUUCAAAUUAUUUUUUACCCCUCCUCUCCUCAUCUCUUGUAUAUACUGUCAUGUAACACCUUCCGAUAAUUUGCAGUCCAACCAAAUUUGAGGGUUUUCUUCUCAGUUUUUACAGCUUUGUAACAAAUUAAAGAAAAGGAAGCUAUCCUAAAGCUGCCCCCCUCCCCCCCCUCCCUUUGCCAAGUUUAUUUCUGUGGAUGCAAGACAAUCGCAGACCAAAUCUUAUUGCUGGUUUGUUGACUGAACACAUUAUUUUGGUUUGUUGAAGGAUGUUCACCCCCUCCCACCCUCUUCCUCCAUAAGCCCCUAUAGGUGCUAGUAUUUCUCCAUCUCACUGAAAAGCUUCUGUGAAUUGUUCAAUGUGCAUCAAUCUAUUUGUCAUAGUCUUGUAACAUGACAUUUUUGAGAAUGUUUUUUGACUCCAAGUGGUUUUUAGUAGGCUUGAGUCAUCAUUUUUGCCGUCUCUUAAUGUAACUGAGAUCAAAUGCAGGAUCACUUUUGAAUGUCUUGAAUUGUCUGAUGGAAAUGUUUCAAAGCUGUUUGGAAAAACAUGAAGUGUGUUUUGUAUAUUACAUGUUUCUCCGGUGAGCCUGUUUUUUUUUCUUGCAUGUGGUAAAGCAACCCCAAGAGCAAGACAUCUCCCGGGAGCUGAGACAUGUUUGAGAAUGCGUUGUUUCCACAGCAGACAGUCUCAUCUCCGUGUAACCUUUUUGUUUUUGUUAGAGCAUCACACUGAACAUUGCAGUGGAUCAACAAGCAACUUCUCAAGCCUUUUGCAAAUAGUGAAGCACAUGCCCACACCCCUUCAGAUCUCUUAGAUUGUUGAUUCAUGCUAAUUAUUUGAAACUGUUAAGACACAAUGUAAUGCUUUCAAAAGAGCACAUGUAAUUUAUGUUCUGACACAUGACUAUGAGUCCUACAUGAAGUUGGUGGUAUGGAAGGCAACACCACUUGAUCCACUUCAGACACUGAAGCCAUCAAAAAGAUUGCUUUUGUUCACAUUUGUUUCCCCUUAUAAAACUUUAUUUUGUUUUUGUCCUGAAAUUUCUCCUAUCAGCUUAACGGUAUCAACUGCUUUGUGCUAAUAUUGAGUUUUUCUCCUGGGUUUGCCUUCUACUUUCAUCGAGUUUCAGCACACUCAUUCAAACGUAACACUUUUUACAUCUGAGAUGUUUUGCGUUCAUAUUUUCUAAUUGUAUUUUCAAAAAAAAAGAAGCAAAAAAGCAAAAACAGAACAUUAAUCUUUUUUCCUCAUGACCUGGGUACAGUGAUUGUGUAGUCUAUUGUACCUUUUGGGAAACAAUACUGUAUAUCCUUGCCUUUGACAGUCUUAACUAUCUUACCCUCUGGAGAACUUGACAGAUACCCUUAGAACACAAUGAGUAUGUUAAAAAAAAUAUACAUAAAGUAAUAUUUUGCAAAAUGUAUCAUUCCAAUAAACUUUUACUUGUUAAGACUA